UGUUCAAGAUGGCGGACUUUACAAAAAUUUGAGUUUUGACAAAUGGAACAAACAAACAAUUCUCAUAUAGAUUGACAAAUUAUGGAUUCAACAUGUGCUUAUGAUCCAACCUUGCUAGUGGAUUUAGAAGGAAGCACCAAUGCCAAUGUAUUACAUGAGGUAACCUUUGGGACACACAUGGAGUACCCAGACGGCUCAGUUCCAAUGGUUGCCAAGAACAACAGUGGGAGGAUGUCCCCUGUGAGAGGCAGAACAAUGAAGGAGUAUGAUCAGCAAUUGACAGAGUUGAAAAAAGAAAACUUUAGUUUAAAGUUGAGGAUAUACUUCCUUGAAGAGCGGAUGCAACAGAAAUUUGGCGACAGUGAUGUUUUUAAAACAAAUAUAGAACUGAAGGUUGAAUUAGAGAGUGUUAAAAAUGAAUAUUCAGACAAACAAGAGUUGUUAAAGAAAGCUUCAAAUGCAAUGGAAGCAAUGUCAAAGCAGCAUGAGUUAGAACUCAAUGGAAUCAGGGACCAGAUUGAAAAGGAACAUCAGAAAAAUGUCAAACAAUUGCUGGAUGAAAUCAAUCAAAAACAACAGGAAUUGGGUCAAGCAAACAAGAUACUUGAAAAGACGGACAGGGAAGUUAAAAAUUUACAGGAGCAGAUUGUUCAAUCACAGACUCAAUAUGCUGAAUCUGGUCAUAAGACACAGAUACAAAUUCAGGAUCUUAGAGAUGCACUUGCAGCUAAAGAAAGUUUGAUUGGAGAACUUCAGAAGGACACAGCACAUUAUAAUGAAAAUAUGCAAAAACUUCAACAGGCUAAUUAUGAAUUGAGUGACAAAAUGGAAAAUAUGGAAAAAGAAGUCAACAGGAAAGACAGAGAUAUUGAGCAAUUAACAUCAGUUGUCCAUGAAAAGACUUUUGUUGAUGGAGAGUCUAUCUUAGUCAAUAAUCAUCUACAGGAUGUAGUAGACGAUCAGACUGAGACUUUGAAGAAAGUGAAACUAGAGAAUGAACGAUAUAAACAAGAUCUCACACAAAAGAACAGGAUGAUAGGGAAAUUAGAGGAUUUAAUGAAAACAGCAGCACAGGACAAAAAGAUUUUCCUCAUUACAUAUCAGGCGGACUUAGAAAACAAAGUGAAAGAACUGGAGUCUGUCCUGGAUGAAAAGCAGAAAAGCAUCCAGAAAAGAGAUAAAGCUGUAAUGGGAAUGAGAACUCUUAUUGUGGAGAAGACCAAGGAGGCAGAAGACUUUACAAAGAAGCUAGAGGACAAAGAGGGAGAACUGAGAGCAUUACAGAAGGAAUAUCAAGAUAUGAAGUUAGGAAAGAGCAAAGCUUUAGAACAAAAGCAUGAAGAAGUUAAUUAUUUAGAAGAGAAAGCAUUAUCUACACAAGCAUACUUGCAACAACAAGAAACUGAACUGGAGAAACUGAUGAGAACUCUUGGGAAGAAGGAAGGAGAAUUAGAAAGCUUUAAAGAUCUUCUGACAAAAGCUGAGAAUGCCCUGAUACAGAGUGAAGAUGCUGUAGAUGGAUUACAGAAACAGUUGAAAAAAGAAUCAGGACUGGAUAGUCAUACUCGACACUAUCAGACACUGUUUGAAGAUGCUCAGAAACAAGUUGAAGGAAAAGAUCAGUUGGUGAAAAAUCUGACCGAAAGUUUACAGGACAAAGAUAGACAGAUCCAGUAUUGUAUGGAAAUAUUCAGACCAACGAAGGAAGAAGAGAAGAAAUCAAUGGAUGGUUGGAUGAAAGACUUACAAGACAAAUUAAGGGAGAAGAAUAAAGCUCUGGAGGAGGCUACUGGAGAAAAGUAUAGAAUUUUGGACGAAAAAGAUGGAGAGAUUAGAAAGCUUAAACAACAGAUCAGAGAGAAGGAGCGUGAUUUGGAGAAGGCAAACCAGACAUUGAUAAGUACAGAAGAGACAAUAGAUGGUCUAGAACAAGAAUGUAGCGAUAAAGAACUGAACAUGAAACAGCUUGUUACCUCCCUGAAAUCAGCUCAGAGAUCAUUUGAGGAUGCUUUAGACAACCAUGCCAGAGUUCUGAGGGAGAAAGAUAGCAUUAUUAAAAGACUUCAGAAUAGUUUGGCAGAGAAAGAGAGAAACCUUGAGACUUCACAGUGGAGUGGCAAUUCCAGUAAUGAAGAGUUAAAUAGAUUAAAGAAACAGUUGAAAGAGAAAGACGAUUUACUGCAGGAUGUCAUGUCUGAACAGUCUAAGGCAACAGCAGCUAAUGCUGAGGCUCUGAAUAAUCUACUAAAGAAACUGAAGUCUAAAGAUGAAGACAUACGAGAGUUAAUGGACAGAUCAAAUAAAGAAAUGUCAGAUCUGCAGAACAAACUUCAACAGUUACAAGCAGAACUUAAUAGAAAACAACUAAGUUCAAAAAGUUCAGAAAACCAACUAAUUGAUAUUGAACAGGAUCACAGACAGGCCAUAGACAAACUUGCUGGAGCACUAAAGGAUAAGGACAAAACAAUUGAGACCUUAGUUGAGAGUGGACAGGAAAAAGACAAACUAAUCCAAAGAUUACAGCAGGUACAUGCAGCAUCACGUGGAACUAUGAUGGAUAAUAACAGACUUAGAGAUGAGGCUGAUGAACUUAGGAAUCAGUUAGCUAAGAAAAAAGAUGAAAUUGGUGAAUUAAAGCUUCAGUUAGACAGAGAUGGAUCAAGGAGUCCUAAAGCAGGUUUUCAUGUAGCCUUAGAGGAACUGAAACUUCAGUUAGCUGUAAAAACAGAGGCUCUUAAAGCUGCUAAACAAACAGAAGAAGACUUCAGGGAACAAAUUAAUUCUUUACGAAAACAACUUGAAUCAGCUCACCAAAGUAUGAAAGAAAUCCACACAACAGAAAAACAAGUGUAUUACAUGAGAGACAACUCUGAUGGAAAUAAUGAUCAGUACCAGGACUUUAUACAAAGAGAAUUGAAUGAGCUGCACAGGAUUCAGGAAGCUGAGAAACAAAUUCUGCUGGAUCUAAAGGAAAAAUCAAUGUUUGAGAAAUCACACAAUCUAGAGGCUGAAGUAGCUGCAAUACAAACCCUGAAACGAGAACUAGAAGCUGGCAUUCAAAGGAAUAACAAACUACAGCAGCAGUUAGAACAACAGAAAUCCAGAUCGCCAAGCAAAGGAUCCAAGGAUAGUUCACAGGAUGAACACUUUGACAUGGAAAGAAGAUUCAGUGACCAGUCAACCUGUAGUGAUACUGCUGGUACAUCUGACUCCAGACGGUCAAGUGACACCACACCACGUAAUCAAGAUAUUGAAGUACCACAACAUUCCUACUCUUGGCCUUUGGUCCAAAAUAAAAAGCCACAGCUUCUGAAAACCUGGUCCCCAUCAUCAACUGAUUCUGAUAUUCCAUUGAAUCGUCAGAGCUUGUCAGAAAUGUCUGCACCCAUGUUGAGAAAGUUUAUUCGUCAAAUGAAAAAUCAGUUUGACAAAGCUGGAAAGGAAAAUGAUGAAUUACGCCGUAAAGUUGAUGGUUUUGAUAGUCGAGAGAUUCCAGGAAGAAAUGACAGUGAUGUUAGUAGUUUACCAGUGAUGCAUUUAGAAAUAGAAAGACUGACACAGGAAUUAAGUGUUAAGAAUGAAGAGAUCAGGAAACUGAAAUCAAGCAUAGGCUUUGCUGUCGAUACUAUGGACUUGAAAGAUGUACCAAAUUUAACAGACUUACAAAAUGAAAACUUAAAAUUGAAAGUACAACUUGGUAAUCUUGAAGAAUUGAAUAUGCUUCUUAAAAAGCAGAUUGCUUUAAAUUCACAAAGUGCUAACACAGAAGGUUUCAAUCCUGAGCUUAUAGUGCAAAUGGCAAAUGAAAUUAGAAAUCUUAAGACACAGUUGGACAAUGUUGGUGCAAGACAUGACAAAUCCAAUGUUUCAUGCCAAACUGCACCUUGGAGUGAUGCAAUCAUAACAAAUGGUCAGAUUGAAAACAAAAGUCAGAAGAGGAAUUCUAAAAUUCCCCAAAUACAAAAACCUGCUCCAAUGAGAUCUAAUUCUUCUGAUAGAGAUAGUCCAGAUGUUCUUAAAAGUCUUUUGAUGGAAGCUCGCGGUAGAAUGCAAGCCUUAGAGGGCAAACUGGAAGCCACUGAGGGGACUGUAAGACUUCAGACCAAAAAGAUGAAAUAUUAUCGUAACUUAUUAGAGGAAAAUGGACUAUCAUUUAAGAGUCCUCUAGGAAGCCGUUCAAACAGUGAAUCAAACAUUGUCAUGGCUCUUGGAGGUAGAAACUUGUGUAGGAACAACAGGACUCUUUCUUACGAUAACAUUCCUGAAUUAUUGGUGGACUCACAAACUGAAUCUUCAGAGUCAGAUUUUUCAGAAAAAUACAAAAGUUAUGGAAAUACAGAUAAUGUUUCUGAGUUGAAGGAACAGGUCAGACAACUUAAGACAGUCAUGGAGAAAUAUAAAGCUGUAAUAAAGUCACAGAUGUCACAGAGAGAUGCAAGUAUGGGUCAGAGAGACACAAGUAUGGGUGGAAUGUCAACGCAAACGCAUCAUGAUAUGGAUGACACAUUUAUCCCUCGUCAGUCUUUGCGUGACUUACAGUGUAAAUUGUCUGCCUCAGAAGAAAAUAACCUCUACCUAAGACAGAAAAUAUCAGGACUUGAAAACAGUUUAUCUGAUUUGAAAUUAGAAUUGAAGAGAUAUCAAAAUCAAGAUCAGUUGGAUGGUCAUAAUAUUUCUCAGGGAUCACCCUCAAAACAGAUCAUUGAAACACACAAAACUGAAAUUCUUUUCCUACGCAAAAAAUUAGCCGAAACUCAGAAUUCAUGUGUUCAAUUAGAAGGAUGGCUAAAUGAAUUGAGUGAAUUUUUAAGUGAAUUGAUGCAUGUUGACGAAGAUGGUCGCCAUGGUAACAUGAGAGGAAUUAAACAGAAAGUAGACAAAUCACGUCAUAUGAUUCAGUCCAUGUCAUCAACUUUAUUAGAACAAGAUUUCACAGAGGGUUCAUUUUCAGUAAAUGAGGACAGCACAUUUUUUAACGGCAACGAUAGCAUCAGACAGAAUAUACAAACUUUAACAGAGGAAUUGAGCAAGAAGAAUUUGGAAGUUGAAAAAUUGACUGAAGAAGUAAUCAGAAAAAACUCGAGAAUAAGUCAAUUAGAUCAAAGUUUACUGGUUACCCAAAAUAAACUGUUACUGGUACAGGGUAGUCAAGGUUCAGUAACUACAAAUGGACAUAAUUCCAGUAGAUCUUCGGAUCAUAUGGGGACUAGUCAUACAAGGAACACUGUCUCACCAAUAAGAUCACCAACAUCAACGACAUCAGACACCAGAAGAUUCAGCGACAUGUCAAAUUUUAAUCAAAAUGAAAAAUCCACAGAAAGGUUACGUCAUGCAACAGGAACUUCUGAUGGAAGUACUGCGCCAUUUGGGCAUUCAGUUAAUGAUGUGAACUUUACCCAAGAAACUAUGGACUCGAGUAUGAGAUCAGCAGGGACCCAAGAUAGUACUUCCAGGUCAUUCAUGAAAAGUCAUCAGAAUGGAGUUUCAGACUACACAUGUACAAGCAUGUUGGGUUCUGAAGAACGUAUGAUGGACAAUCGUCAUGACUUUUAUGAUGCAUCUCAUACACCUUCUUAUCUCCAUAAUGGAAACGAUGUCACUUUUCCUAGUCUCCAUUUUGAAAACUCGCACAGAGAAAAUGACAAUUCAAGACAUGUGACGUUUUCUGAUGCAACAGGACGUGAAAGCCCUGUUAACAAUGUCAGUGUUUUGACCACCCGUCUUAAUGCAUUAGAAGAUUUAAAUAGAACUUUAAAAGAUGAGGUAAACCUGUAUGAAAAGAUGUGCACAUCUAUGGGGACACAAAUAUCACCAAGGAAAUCACCUAGUAAGUCAGCAGGGGAUCUGGAUAAAGACCUUCUACUUGAACAUUUACAAGAAAUACGUGCCCUACGUACAAAACUAGAAAAGUCAUUGGAAGAUAGUGACAGACUUAGAGAGGCACUUGAGAGGGACAUGAAGAAAGAUAAUGUUGAAACAGAUUUUUCCUCAGAUGUAUAUCUGUAUAGUCAACAUCAGUCAGUUGUCAGAGAGUUACAGUUCACUAUACAGAAACUGGAACAAGAACUAGCGGAUAAAGAUGACCUAAUCAACAGUGUACAUCUCCGUGCUGAAAGAGAAAAUAUGGUAUCUCAUAACAGGUCAAGUUUUGCUGAAUCAUCACAUUUUCAUGACAUGACACAAACUGUAGAAAAGUUGAAACAGUUGUUAAGGGAAAGAGAAGAAAAAGUUACUGAAUUAAAUAGGUCAGUAACAAAACAUGAAAAUGACAUGCAACAAAUGUGUCAUUGUAAUAAAGAAAAAGAAACUGUGAUUCACAAAUUAGAGCAAAGACUUUCACAGGCCGAAACGGCAGCUGAAAAAAAGUCAAAAGAUCAUCACAUGUUGGUUCAAACCUUAGAAAAAAGUAUUUUCGAAAAAGAGAAAGUGAUUAAAGAAAAGUUGUCAGUUAUAAGAGAAACAGAAAAAAUUAUUGAGGAAAAAGUUGUAACUAUUCGUGAGAAGGAUGAACAAUCUGUCGAAAAUAAGAAAACAUUGGUGCUUCAGCAAAGAAAAAUUGAGGAAUUUGAUAAGACAAUGAUUCAAAUGAAGAAGAAACUUGACCUCCAGGAACAAAGUCUGCAUCAACAAGAACAGAAAUUAAAGGAACAAUAUGAUAUCAUAAAACAACAGGAUGAUCAAAAUAGACAGUAUAUUGAGGCUAUACAACAGAGAGAUGAUCAAAUCAAACAGUAUGAGAUUGCUAUCAGCAGAAGAGAAGAAAAGAUAAAACAACUAGAACUUACAAUCAGGUCUGUAGAAGAUGAAAGACAGUCUCUAGAAACUUCAAGUCGAAGACGAGAGGAAAUUUGUCAACAGAGAGAGGACAAACUGAAAAUUCAUGAGGAACAAAGAAAAACUGAAAUAGAAAAAGCCAAGAAGAACGAAUUGAAUCUCAGAAAAGCUGCUAGAGAAAUAAAAAGACUCAACACAGAAGUAAAGACUCUACAGGAACAAGUCCAGGAAAAUAAAGACCUCAAUCAAACAAUGAAAUUAGAACUUAGUGUGUAUGAAAAAUUAGAAAAACAAGAAGGUGAUUAUGAUACAAUGGGUGGAUUUGACAUUAGAGAUUUGUUGACAGAAAUAAGACAUUUAAGAGUUCAAUUAGAGAGAUGUAUUGAGACCAACAAUGCUCUCAGACAGAAACUGGAGGAACACUUAUUACAUCAACAUAGUCCAAGGUCACACCCAAGUAAUGCUAAAAGUCAAAGUCCUGCAAGAUCAGGCACUACCACUGGAACUGAUGCAACAGAUGGUCAGCCCAGUCCUGAGAAACCAAGAGUUCAGCAUGAAAACUCACAGAGCAGUCAACUAAGUAGUGUUGCCAGUCUCUCACAGAGCUCUAGUGUUAGUGAGGAUCAUUUUGCUGCACAAAGUCUUGACAUCCACACAUGGCCAGGUACUUCAUUUGACAGAAAACAUGAUACCGUUACAUCAACUCAUUCCCUGCCUAUAGGUCCUUUACAUAGGUCACUCACUGAAAUAAUACACAAGGAAAGGAAACCAGAAGGAAACCUGUCAUAUUAUGUUGAUGACCCUCCAAGUAAAUUAGCAGAUUUCACCUUCCAACAAACAGUAGACUCUGAUUUGAGAAAUCUGUUUGCUGUAGGCAAGCUUGAUGAUUAUGAAAAACUUAAGAAAGAAAAUUAUGAAAGUUUAAUAGUGCUGAAUGGUGUUGAAGCAAGAAUUCAAGAAAGAUUAAAGAUGUUUAAAACUGCUCCUGUAUCAGAGAGUAUAGAAUACAGUACCCUUAAGGAAUUGUCACUUAGUGUAGAGAACAUGAAGAUUUGUUUGAAUGAGGAGAAGUCAUUGAUAACAUGUUUCUGGACUACUACAUUACCAAAAGGGGAUACAUCUGGACAGAAGCUUAUGACUGAGAAUGAUGCCUUAAGAAAUGAAUUGUAUGCUACUAGAACCAAGUAUGAGCUGAUGUCGAAACUUGUUCAUGAUGCUGAAGAAAGACUUCAUGCCUCCAAUAGACAGAAGCAGACUAUGGAGGAUAUUAUAUAUAAACAAUUGAAAAGGACAACAAAGGUGAUGGCAAAAGCAAGGACAAAUUUUGAAAAAGUUUCAGAGUUUCAACAGGAGAAAGAAAACCUAUUGAAAAAUGUGAAUAUAGAUGUUGAUGAUAUCGAAUCAAGCAUUGACAACUUUUCCUCACGGUGACACCGAUACACACAAUAGAUACUAUUUUUCUCUAUUUAUUGAUGAAAUCAACAAUUUAUUGUUACAGUGAUAUUAUUAAUCUUACAAUAUAUAUGUCAUGACAGAGUAUGUACUAUUAAAAAUUGUUACAUAAAAGUACAAACAAGUUAACAUUAGCCCAGUCAGGGACUUUAAUUGACAGCAAAUUGUUACAGACCCAGAGAAUUUUCAUGACAAACAUUUAUAUGAUGUAACCACUGAAUGUCAUAAUUACUUAAAGAAAAAUUAUGUCUGCCUUGACAAGACUCAUGAUUUACGAGAAGAAGCAUAAUCUAAAUAUUCCUCAAAUACUGACUAGAUAUAGUUGUUUUUUAUUCAACUGUAGAGGAAAAAUAAGCCUUCUUUCUUCAGUAUUAAACUUUGUUAUGACUUGAUAUGUUAUUUGUAAGUUAUUUGUUCACAUGCCUUUAUAGUAGUGUGCUUAAAAGAUUUCUUCAGUGCUGAUGAUUUUGUAUUAUAGUAGUGUUAGGUACUGGAGGACCAAUAUUUUUGCAAUAUAUACGAUUGACAAACAAUACUGUCUCUGUACAUAGAUCCUGUCUUCCUUCACAUAAUGUUGUUACAUCAAUUAAUAUUGUGCCAAAUGAAACAAAACAAGCUGUUUAAAUCAAAUAUUUUUAUAUAUAUUGUUUUUGUAUACACAGUAUUGAAACUCAUCACAUUUUGUAAUAAACAUUUGUAUUGUUAGUAAUUAAACCACAAAGCCACAAAGGGUAAGUUUAUUUUUUUCCCCACAUAAUGAAAUAGAAAUACUUGUAUACUUCUGUUUACAAGCAUAUUUUAAAUGAGUGCUCUUAUAUUACCUCAUGUUUUGUCUAGUAAUUGAGUUGGUGCUGAAAUUUUUUAUUUUACUAUUAACUAUUGGGUAAGUUGCAGAACAUGUGUUACCAAUUUGACCUUUUGUUUGUAAUCAUUAAUAUUCAAAUAUCAAAAAUCAGUGGGAAACAUUUAAUCUCAAUCAGCAAUAUCUUUUGGUUAAUUAUUAAUAAAUUUUGUGUAUUUUUGUUUUGUCCUUGAUUUAAUCUUACAGUUUAAUUCCAUCCCUUUUAUUUUUCUUCUACCUUAUUUCGUAACAUAUAGACUGUGAGGCUGUGAGAAAAUAAUGAGUAACCUCCCAACAGCAGAAUGAAUUCAGGGGAGAAAUCUUUUUGCAUCAAAAAUGUAUCCUUUUGUGCCAGAACUCAUUUGCACCAAUGCUAUGUGUGUGUCACUAGUUUGCAAAAUAUCGAGUAUCAUAUGUGUCACUUCUUAUAUAAAAUCUUAUUGUCAUUGAAAACAUUGAGCCUCAACACACUAUAAGGACGGACAGUUUACACUUGCUUGAAGACUGAUUUUUGUAACUUUUUUUCAACCAACUUUUUCCUGAAUUGCAGCUGUUACUUUUGUACUGUGUGAUUUAAUUAAAGUACUAUAAAGUACACAACCGUGGGAAAACCUUAGACAGUCCCCUCCAUUAAAAUUGGACAAAACCUAGCAAAUGAUCAUUGAUGGUCUCUUGGAAACCAUUUAUUGUGACCUUGUAUUCUUUUGUUUUUCAACAUCACCUUAUUUCUCCAUUCGUCUUUAUGCGAUAAUAGUCCUGUUAAUUCCAUAUUCUAUUUUGUAUAAGCUAUCAUGAUUUAUUCGGGACUUUUUUUAUAUAUAAGAGUUAAAGGUAGGUAAGUUGAUUGACAAAUACUCAUACAGGUAAUUUGGUGCAUAUGAAUUCUGAAAUUCUGAUGCAAUUGAUACCUUUGAAAAAUAUAAUUUGGUGCAAAUGAUAUACUCAUAAAUAGGAAUUGUCACAAAAGAACUGAAUUCAGCUAGGUUUAUUCUGAAUUUUUAAGCACAGGCUUAAAACUUAAUUUAGAACAGGUAUAUACAUAUUUAUUAGUGUAAUAUAAGUUCUAUAUGUAUAUAUUUCGUAUGCCUAAACAUCAGUCCGCAAAGUCCAGUUUUGAAAAUUUGAAAAUGAAGAUUACUUUUUUCAAAAUUGGUGAACACAAGUAAGAGACAGCAAAGGGGAAGAAGAAAGUUUAACAUAUUUAGAAAGGGAUUCUGGGAAAAGAACUUCAACAAACAAAUACAAAAAGACUGUCAAAUGAUUACACAUAAUACAUUUGUAAUUAUCUUAAUGCAAUUGAAUCUUAAUAGAAAUUAAAAAUGUGAGGUAAUAUAUGGAUAUCUUAAAGCUCAAGUUAUUUCAGUAUUAUGUUAAAACAGACUUAUGUUAUAUAACAAUCAUAAUACAUAUGCAUGAGGGACCAAAUCAUACUCCAUUUUAUCAUUGAAGAAACAUUUAACUCUUCUUUAUCAUUGUUUAUAUUGAAGAAUACAGCUAUUUCAAAACACAUUAUUUAAACAUUAUCUUGAAAUGUUUUGAGCAUGAAAAACCUUCAUGUAGACUGUUCUUGCCAUACUGGUUCAUUUCUGUAAUUUAUUUUUCAUGUACAGUAUUGAUUUUUACACUACACUGUAUUUAUCUUCUGAUAUUUAUUUCUCAUAUAAUUUUGCUGACUGAACAAUUAAUAUUUUGUUAUCAUUUUGUUGUGCUUAGUUAAUAAAUUAUCUUAUACUUGAGCAAUAUUGUUUUGUUUUACAUCCUCUAUUUAUUUCAUGUAUGAGACAGUAUGUUAAUUUUGCAUAUUAUUCUUUCUUUGUUUCCAUCUCUAAGAUAAUAUAAUUGUAAUCUAUAACUUACUCAUUGGCUGAAGUUACAAUCAUUCAUUCAAAAAUAUCAAAGUUGGCUGUACCAGGAUGUGUAAAUAUCCUGAUCAAUUACAUCUAUUGUGAAAUUUUCUUUGACAUUUUACACUUGAAUAGAAAGAAUAGAAAUCAUUAUCUGAGUAAACAUCAGUGUGAGAACUUGUUUAAUAUUAUGUAAAUACCUAUUAACCUACUUUAUUUAUUUAUUCUGUGUAACUUAUUCUGCAAUACUAUUAUUCAUCAUGUACAUUAUCUUCAUUUCAAAUAUGUAUGGCAACUCUAGCAGAAAAUAAAAAUAAUUGAAUACCA